CUUCCAAUCAUUGUAAGAAAGGAAGAUUUCUCCAUCAAUAUUGAACCAAGAUCUUGUGCCAGGUGAGAUCUGCACUUCAGAGACUUCAAUCCCAUUAAAUUUCUCAAAAUCAAGAUGCUUAGCCUUCGAGAACUUUUUCAUGAAAUGGAUAAGUUUGAUCUUCCCGCAUUUCCUUAAAGUUGCAAGGCUUAUUUUUCCAUCGUUGAACCUACUAGGAGGCAUAAACCUUUCUUUCUUGCUUAAAGAGCUUCUACAUUCAUGAGUUACUAGCCCAAGAAAAGAUAGAUCAGAAUCUGGAUGUUCAUUCCAAGAUUUUUCUUCAAUUUUAUUGGAUUCGUUUUGGGUAAAUGAAGUGCCCUCUAUUACAUCAUUUUCUUUAGUUUCUUCAGCUUUAGGAAGAUUCUCACCGGAGUCUUCAGCCGUAAUGAAAUCACUCCUAAACUUAAUGCUUCACUUAUAUGUCUUCAUUCUGCAGGAAGACAGCAUCAUUUUUGCUGCAGAGACAGUAUAUCUGGCAGAUUUAAAAUAUUUCCUGAGCUUUUCAGCAUUAUUUUACUACAUCUCCAAGGACCCCCCAUAA